AUGGCUGCCGACGAUCUGCAUUUCACACGAACACUGUCCACCGUUCUCGCUACGAGCUUCUUCUUUGUACUCCUAUGCAGUUCGCUACAAGUACGUGGCGUGAACUACACGUUCAUGAAGGACGCGGCGCUGGCGCCCAGCGUGUCGUACUACGACUACAUCAUUGUGGGCGGCGGCACGGCCGGGUGUCCGCUGGCGGCCACUCUGUCGGAGCGCUUCCGCGUGCUCCUGCUGGAGCGCGGCGGCUCGCCCUACGACGACGAGCGCAUCGGGGACAUGGCCCGCUUCGCGGACACGCUGUCCGACACCUCCCCGGGCUCGCCCGCGCAGCGGUUCGUGUCGGAGGACGGCGUCAUCAACUCGCGCCCGCGGGUGCUGGGCGGCGGCAGCUGCAUCAACGCCGGCUUCUACACGCGGGCCAGCGACGACUACGUGCGGGACGCCGGGUGGGACCUGGAGGCCACCGGGGCGGCGUACCGGUGGGUGGAGGACGUGGUGGCGUUCCAGCCGGAGCUGGGCCCCUGGCAGGCCGCGCUGCAGAGCGGGCUGAUCGAGGCCGGGGUCGCGCCGGACAACGGAUUUACGUUCGACCACCUCGACGGGACCAAGGUCGGCGGGUCCAUUUUCGACGCCGACGGACGGCGGCACACGGCCGCGGACCUGCUGAGGUACGCGCGCGCCGAGGGGCUCGACGUGCUGCUACGAGCCAGAGUGGCCAAGAUCUUGUUCAUUAAUGUCAGAGGGAGACGGCCAGUGGCACGCGGCGUGGUGUUCCACGACUCCGAGGGGCGGAUGCACAAGGCGUACCUCAACGCCGGCCGCCGGAACGAGAUCAUCCUAUCGGCGGGGGCCAUGGGCAGCCCACAGCUGCUGAUGCUCAGCGGCGUCGGCUCAGCCGACCACCUCAGCUCGUUCGGCAUCAGAAUCGUGCACGACCAGCCCGCGGUCGGCCAGGGGAUGUCCGACAACCCCAUGAACGCCAUCUACGUGCCGUCGCCUUCCCCGGUCGAGAUCUCGCUCAUACAGGUCGUCGGCAUCACCCAGGUCGGGAGCUACAUCGAGGGCGCCAGCGGGUCCAACUGGGGCGUCCGGCCCUCAGCCUCCGGCGGUGUCCACCGGCCGCGCAACUUCGGCAUGUUCUCUCCACAGACGGGGCAGCUGGCCACGGUGCCCCCGAAGCAGCGCACGCCGGAGGCCAUCGCGCGCGCAGCGGAGUCGAUGAGGCAGCUCGACGACUCGGCCUUCCGCGGUGGCUUCAUCCUGGAGAAGGUCCUCGGCCCGCUGUCCACGGGCCACCUCGAGCUGCGCAACCGCGACCCCGACGACAACCCGUCGGUGACGUUCAACUACUUCUCGCACCCCGAGGACAUCCGCCGCUGCGUGGCCGGCUUGUCGGUCAUCGAGAGCGUCAUCCACUCCAAGGCCUUCGAGAACUUCACGUACUCCUACUUCUCCAUGGAGACGCUGCUCAACAUGUCGACCGGGUUCCCGGUCAACCUGCUGCCCCGGCACGACAGCGACUCCACAUCGCUUGAGAUGUUCUGCAAGGACACCGUCAUGACCAUCUGGCACUACCACGGCGGCUGCCAGGUCGGCAGGGUCGUCGACGCUGAGUACCGAGUGCUCGGCGUCGACGCGCUGCGCGUCAUCGACGGCUCCACUUUCAACGCCUCACCAGGAACCAACCCGCAGGCCACCGUCAUGAUGCUCGGCAGGUAUAUGGGAGUCAGAAUCCAAAAUGAAAGGUUGAAAGCUGAAGGAGUAGAGGGAACAGAACUGUAA